UGGUAACAGAAAUUAACAUUAGUCUGUUUACUUUGUUUACUUAUUCCUGUUAACGUGUUUCUCUGUCUCUCUGUUUGUGAGAAUAGAAAAUCACAAUUAACAAUUGAUUCUAUUCUAAUUUGAUUGUGUGUUAACUGUGACAAUGUCUCAACAUCAUGUUAAACCAUCGGCCACAAUUAAGGAUCGUGAAGCUUUGUACAAAUUGAUGAUCAGUCAACUGUUUUAUGAUGGAUACCAAUCAAUUGCUCAUCAAUUGUCCGCUGUCAUCCAAGUAACUUUGGCAUCACCGCCAUCAGACCGUCUUAAUCAUUUGGUUAAUUUAGGAUUAGAGGCAGAGGGAAAAGCCAAAGAUCAGGAAUCGCUUCUUGCCCCACCUUUACCUGGAAUUGAUUUAGACUUUGAAACUGAAUCACAUACCUCAGCCCCUGAACCAAGUUCAUAUGAGACAGUCUAUGUAACUGCACAUAAAGGUCCUUGUCGAGCUGGUGCAUUCAAUGUUGAAGGUACUUUAGUUGCCACCGGUUCUCACGAUGCCUCUAUCAAGAUAUUGGAUGUGGAAAAAAUGAUCGCCAAAAGUAUUGGUACUAUUCCCGAAGAUCCUCAGUCUAAUCAAACACCCGAAGCUUAUCACCCAGUUAUACGCACUUUAUAUGACCAUUUGGAGGAAGUUACUUGUCUCCUUUUCCAUCCAACGGAACCAUUACUUAUCUCUGGAUCACAAGAUUUAACAAUUAAAAUCUAUGAUUUUGGUAAACCAUCGGUUAAACGAGCUCUUAAAACGAUAACCGAAGCUUCAUCGCUAAGGUGUAUGUCAUUUCAUCCCUCUGGUAAUUUCUUGUUAGUUGGUACUCAACAUCCGACUGCUCGUUUAUAUGAUAUUCAUACUUGUCAGGGUUACGUUGGUCCCAAUCCAGCUGAUCAACAUCGUGGGCCAAUAACUGCCUGUAAUUACAGUUUCAAUGGAGGAAUUUAUGUAACUAGUUCAAAAGACGGUGACAUUAAGAUCUGGGAUGGAGUCUCUUCGAGGUGUAUCAACACUUUCCCUCGAGCUCAUGAUGGCCAUGAAGUUUCAUCGGUAGUUUUCUCACGAAAUGGUAAAUACGUUCUCUCCUCUGGUAAAGAUUCACUGGUUAAACUUUGGGAACUCUCGAUGUCUCGAUGUUUAAUCGCAUACACGGGAGCCGGAACAGCGGGUAAACAAAUGCAUCGAGCACAAGCAGUUUUCAAUCAUACCGAAGAUUUCGUCCUAUUUCCCGAUGAAAGGACAACCAGUCUCUGUGUGUGGGACUCGCGAAACGCUGAAAGACAAAAGCUCCUGAGUUUAGGACAUAAUAAUACCGUUAGAUAUUUCAUCCAUUCACCUGUAUCACCAGCAUUUUUAACCUGUUCAGACGAUUUUAGAGCAAGAUUUUGGUAUCGAAAACCUGAUCCAAUCAAUUGAAUGAUUCAAUAGCAAUUCAUUUAGCAUUUGUGACAUUCUGUUUAGGAGUAAAAUUAGUUGUUCAAUUAGAUAAAAUUCAAAAUUUCCACUGGCCA